GAAACGAUGGCGGCCGACCAAGGGUGACUGAGAGUUGUACUAAGAAUAAACUAGGAAAAUGCAGGUUUCACAACCGAAUAAUGUUAAAAUUUAUAACUUGUCGGCAGGAAAAUCUUUGCCGGAGGUAAGAAAAGGAGAUGAUUAGCAUUACGUUUCACUGUUUAGCUUUGAAGUCGAAAAAGUGCGCGGAAAGGGUAACACGUGUCUUAUGUUUACAACCAGAGGAAAUGUUUGAUUAAGAGAAUUUUGACGAUAUUCGUUUCUAUUUGUAGUGGCUUUCUGAAAGAAAGAAGCGAACCUUGCAGAAGAAUGAUAUUAGUAAGUUUUAAACUGUGUAGAGGUCAAAAUGUUGAUUGGUAAAGUCAUAUUCUCAUCUUUUUCUCGGAAUGUUGAUUUAUAAAAUUAUAUUCUCAUCUUUUUCUAUUACGUUUCGUGGCUCAGCUGAUGAAUGUAAGUGCAGUUGCUUGGAAAGUUUAUAUGUGGCCAGAGGCAACUUGCUUAGAAAAUUCCCACCCCUUGUCUAAAUAAUGUAAAAUUCAAAGUAUUUUCUUUCUCUUUUUACAGACAUCAGAAGACGAAUUGAACUUCUUCAGGAUUUUGAGAUGCCAAUUGCUUCUACAAAUGUUCGUGUUUCUGCAGACAAACAGUACAUAAUGGCUUCAGGUGAGUUUUCUUGUUAUUUUUUGUGCAGUAAAUGUACUAAAAUUUUAAUUAAAGUGGGAUCUGUAGGAAAGUGCCUUGUACAUGAAGAGCAUGAGCUGUGAAGUCUGUUUUAAAGUUCCAAUCUAUGAAAAACCAAGGCAUUCUAAAUUUCAAUAACUUGAGUGGAAUAUUAAAAUGUGCAAGCAAUACUGGAGAGCUCACAUACCACUUAACAAGCAGUGUACAACAUCCAGGGUGUCUUUCUAGCUAUAGUUGUGGCAGCUGUUUGUUUAAAUUGAUUGUAAAGUUCUAUAGAGAUCCAUGUCAUGUAAAUCUCUGUUUUUUUGUAACAAUUCCUUACUUUUGUCUACAAGGGGUUUACAAACCUCGAAUUCGCUGUUAUGAUACAUCAGAGCUUUGUAUGAAGUUUGAAAGAUGUCUGGAUUCUGAAAGUAAGUUGUGUGCUCAUUCUUUCUACAUUAUAUCAUCAUGUUAUUCUUCAGGCUUCUUUUUAUAAAUUCCCUUUAGCCAUAAUUGUUAAUCCAACUUGAACAGAAUCAAGGGUAAUUAAAUGACAUUUUCUGUUACAGGAAAAGUCAUGUGGAUUAUUACAUUUUUGGUCAAAGAGAUCUUUACUUUUAUACAGGUGGACAAAUGUUUGUCUGAGCGUAAACAUACAAUUCAUGAAUGUAACUAUUUUUGCUGUUAUUUCUUUACAGUUGUGAAGUUCCAUAUAUUGUCUGAAGAUUAUUCUAAGGUACACAGUGAAUUAUCUUGUAUAUAUGAUUCAGUACUUGGUUUGGAUGAAAAAAAUUCUUUAUUGAAAAUUGCCAUCACCACAAACAAUACACCAAUGCUUAAAAAAUGUUUGAUAGAUUUAAUAACAAUUUCAUUUUACCAACUGUUUUGUACAGAACUUGUCUUGCAGAAUUUCAAUAUCUUUGUUUGUUGUAUAAUUGUGUUUUCAGCUGCCAGUAGCUUUUAAGUUCACUGUAAAUUUUCCAAAUGACUGAGAUUAACUUUACCUGAAUUCAUGUUGCUUUGUUAUAUCAGAUGGUGUUCUUAACCUGUGAUCGCCAUGUGGAGUUUCAUGCUCAGGUAAAUGGUAAAUAAAUGUAGAAAUUCUUGUCUUUCAAAUCAUUGUUAAGAAGGCUUAUCUAUAUGCAGAUCUUGAAAAUUGUGGCAUCAUGCAGAUAUGCCAGUAAAGCACUGGCUAAAAAAUUUGAGCAAACUCUGGCUGACUGAUGGGGGCAGAGACCAGAAGAAACUUGGUUACUUCUUGGGCCUCUUGGCUCUAGUGCAGACUCACCUGUCUAAAUCAAAAUGUAGUUAUCAGAUAAUACCUGAUAACUACAUUUUGCUUUACCAGUCACCGUUGGCCAAGCAGUGUACAUCCAAUUAGACUGAUCAAGACAGGUGAAGCUAUAUUAUCUGGGAGUAGUGGUUGGCAAUUGAUUUCAAAGUCUUAUUCAAAAUAUUUAUUAAAACUAUUUUUUUGUAGUAUGGACGUUAUUAUCGCACCAGGAUUCCUAAGUUUGGACGUGACCUUGUUUACCAUUAUCCAUCCUGUGAUCUCUAUCUUGUAGGAGCAAGGUAAAUUUUACAGGAAUUGUUUAUGAAUUUUCAUCUUGUAAGUCUUUGUGUAGAAUUUUCAUGAAGUGACAUAUUCUAUUCACAAUUUUAUAACCUUCAUUGAGACUGCAACUUAUAGAAGUGUAUCUUUUGUUAAGAGCUUUGCAUUUUAAUCACUGAUUUGUUUUACUUUGUGAGAAUGAAAGUGAUAUUUUGAUGAGGAUGGCUUGGUUCAAAUUGACUCUGUUUCUUUCUGUGUUUGUCAUCAUAAUCUUUAGAUUCAAAUGAAAAUGAAUUUGAAUCAAAUUAGUUUUAUAGUUAAAGAUGAGUGCCUCGGUAUUUGUACUGUUCUUCACUCUUUGACUCUUGAGUAUUGAUUGUUGAUUCUCCCUUUGAACUACUCUAUAGUUCCAUGUGAAUUGAUUAAGCUAAUUGAAUGUUUUAUCAAGAUGACACCUUUGGACCUGUGUGUUUUACUGUUCUCAUCCUCUGUUUAUUGGAUAUUGAUAUAGAGAGCAAAGUUACAUUACACUCACUUUUUCUCAUGUGAUUAUUUGACUUACAGCUCAGAAGUAUACCGACUGAAUCUUGAACAAGGAAGAUUCUUAAAUUCUCUUCAGACCAAUGCUGUGUAAGUCCCUUCCAUUAUUGCAACCAAUUUCAGUUCAUUUAUCAGUUGAAUUUGUUACAAUAGCAGCUAUAAUUUUGACCAGUUCUUGACCAAUUACACUGUACUUGUACUUUCAAUUUGUUCCAGUGAGAUAAAUACUUGUGACAUUAACCCUGUGCAUCAACUUUUUGCUGCUGGAACAGCUGAGGUAUACAUAGCUUGAUCUGUUUGCUUCUCUACCUUUUCAAUAGUCCACAGGUGUAUGUACACAUGUUAUCAAAGUGUAAUAACAGCUGUUCUGUCCCAAUUUCCAAACAUAUAAUUUGUUUUAUUUUGGUUGAAUUUUGUCACAAAUUAUAGCUUUACCUGUACCUUCUUCAUACAAGCUGGGUUUUAAAUCUACUUUAGUCCUAAAAAACUAAUUCCAUAUUUUAAAAACCCUAUGAAUAUGACCAUGUAAGUGAAAUGAUCACUAAGUAAAGAAGCUCUUGAUUAUUAAAUUAAUUCUCCUUCUUAGCAUGUCAGGAAAUGUACAGAGAACAGUGAAGAGAAUGUGCAUACUGAUGUUAGGGUUACUAGAAAUCGGUGGUUACUUUUAUUGGGUUACAUUGUAUAAUACUGAUUUUGUAAUAUUCCCAAAAAUGUCCCUCUUUCACAAAGAUCUUACCAGCCAUAUGAUUAUUAAUAUCAAUUUGUUUGUUAAUAAGUAAGAAUGUAAAAUUAUAGCCCAUGAAUUUGAGCUUUUAACCUCACUGAGGGAAAUUAUUUAAUUUCUAUCAGAGAGAUUUUUCAAAUAUACCUGUACAUGUAUAUGUUGGGCAUCUGCAGCUGAAUUACUGAUAGUGUUACAAUAAUUGCACUAUAACUUGGUUUGGAAUGUUGUUUUAUUUAACAGUGCAUUAGCCUGAGUAUAGAAACAUAAAAUUGUAAGUUUUCUUGACUCAAAACUUUUCUCUUUUUCUUCAGGGGCAUGUGGAAUGCUGGGAUCCCAGAUCACGUAGUCGUGUUGGUUUGCUGGACAUUGGACUCAGUGGAUUUGAUUACCAAAGGUAUUGAAAACGCUGGCAACCCACAUAAUGAUGAGUGGGCUGUUAACCCUUCAACUGUCAUGAGAGACCAAGACAGAAUUUCUCCUAACAAUAUCAAUACAAUAUCAAGCAGACAAGUGAUGAGAAUAAAGAAAAAUACUAGUUAGGAUUAUUAGUUGAAUCAAUACCAAAUUCUCAAAUCUAACAUCACAAGAGCUGUAUGGCAGACAGUAAGGAGAAUUAUCAAUGAGAUCUUGGGAGUUUAAGGGUUAACCCUUCAACUGUUAUGAGUGACUAAGACAGAAUUUCUCCUUACGAUAUAGAUACAAUGUCAAAAAGACAAGUGAUGUGAAUAAAAAAAUCAUCAAUCAGGGAAUUAUUUGUCCAUUAGUCCCUUCAUGUAUUAAAAUUCUUACAAAAUAUUUCACUCGGCAUGUUAUUGACAAAUUAAUUUGAAUUCCUCUUUUCAGCUCAGACAAAGUUCCAGCUGUCACAACACUGCUGUUUAAGGAUGGACUGACAAUGGGUCUUGGAACAAGUACUGGGCAUGUACGUUGAAUUAGAUUUGGUCCUGCUUUUUAAACACAGCUUCAUCUUUUUCUUAGCUUUGAUUUAAGAUGGCCCUGGAAAUUUAAGUGAUGUCUGAAAUCACAGCAUUCAGCAGAGGAUUAAGUCCAGUGUCUCCAUACAUGCACAGUAUCCCUGGGCUGAACAAGGAGGUGGCUGUUACCCUCCUUCAAGAUUAUCUUCAAUAGUCUUGAAGGAUAUUGUAGAUAACAUUGCACUGUACUCCUGAAAGUCAUUGGUUUACUUAAGUUGAUUUUCAUCUGCAAGUCAUUUGAAAUUUAUUUCAGUUAAAAAUGAUGAUCAGAUUCCUCCAAGGGAAAGAUGAAGCCUUUAACUUUGCCUUCUCCUAACACAUGGCUUUGCAGCUCAAGUGGUGGUGGUGCCCAAGAAGUAUUCAGGAGGCACAGGGUUUUCAUCCUGUCAAAGCCUGAAUCGUUUCUGCCAAAGCUUAACCCUUUAACUCCCAUGAGUGACCGAGACAGAAUUUCUCCUUACAAUAUCAAUACAAUAUCAACCAGAUAAGUGAUGAGAAUAAAGACAAAUAUCAAUAAGGAGAAUGACAAAUUUGAUCUGGGAGUUAAAGGGUUAAAUUUUAGUUCAUUACCUGCAAGGAUCAUUACCUUACUUGAUUUUCAUCCACAGGUCCAUUAAAAUUUAUUUCAUUUAAAAAAUUGUGAGAAGGGUUAUCAGUAUAUGAAGUAUAAAAUUGACAAAAACUGAAUUUGCAGCUGUUUUGGAACUGAACUACAUGUAUGCACCUGUCUUCAGUCAUCUUAAGUAAUGAUGGACCAUACAUUUAUCAAGCAUUGGGGUUGGAGAAUUCUGUAUGUACUAAGCAGAAUUCUGUGGUCAAAUCUCCAAAGUCUGAACUUAAGUUCUUAUUAAUAGGUGGCAAAUAUUAUUAUAUUACUUAACACUUUUACCUUUUUAUUUUUCAUUCACCACCUGGAAUGUUAACAACAAAUAAGGACUUUACAAUUCAUUUGGCUAAUUUUUUCUUCUCCAGGUUUUGUUGUAUGAUCUUCGGUCUACCAAACCUUUGUUGGUGAAAGAUCACCGAUAUGGCCUACCCAUCAACAGCAUUGCCUUCCAAGAUAAACUGGAUGUUGUGUUGUCUUCUGAUUCAAAGAUCCUCAAAAUCUGGGACAGAGAAACGGUAAGCAGGUGCUUUAGUUUGUAUGACUGUAAUUCGUUUGUCUUGUUCUUUGUGCUAACAAGGAGGCAAAUGUAUAACACCUUUGUUUCUAGUUAGAGAGGUAAAAAUCAAUCACCUUUCUUUAUCUACUCUAUUCACACACACAACACUUUAAAACUUGCUAAUCCUACAAAGCACUUAGCUCUUUAAUUCCCAUGAAUAACCAGGACAGAAUUUCUCCUUACAAUAUCAGUACAAUAUACAUGUAGUUGAUUCAAUACUGAAAUUCUCCAAACCAACAUCAUAAGAAUUGCCUGACAGAAAGUGAGGAGAAUUAAAACAGAAGGGGUUAAAACAAUGUACAGGACACAUGUUUGUCACAUAAAGUUUGAACCUGUCAGUAGUUUGUGGUUUUGCUUGCAAACAAUUUCUGUGUAACUUGGUAGUAGAGCAUUGUGCAUUGCAGUACAAAAUCCAAAGGUCUGACAGGUGAUUUCCAUUUUUCCCAGCCCCUUUCUUUGUGACUUAUGAAAACAUUAAUUCGCUUUAUUCAAAAAUGAGCUCAAUAUUAACCAUUUUUCAUAUUCUAUUUAAUAACCCAAUAAUUUGGACAUUGCUGAUUUAAGUGCCAUACAGGAUUUUAGUCAGGUGCCAAACCCAGUCGAUGGCUACUGAGUACUCUGUAUAGCUUAGUGGUAGAGUAUCAAGUAAUUGUGAAGAACUUCUCCCUUAAAAAACCUGUCACAGCAGAAAUGUUGUAGUUAAAUUGUGUUAUCAACUCAUUUAAAAGUAAUGAAAUGUUUUUAGAGCCUGUUGGUUAUCUGUCAGCCAACAGGUUUUUCUUCAGAUGGCUGUUUUUCACACAUACAGAGUAUUCAGAGUUUGAAAUCGGAAGGUCUGAUGUUAAAAUCCUCCCAAGAAACUCUGAUUUUUUUUGUCUCAUUGCUCUUGACUAGUAAAUGAUGUCUUUCUUUAUUUAACAACCAAGCUUUUUCUUCAUCACGUUGCACACACAAAUGCUUUUAAUAUUACUGAUCCAAUUUACUGAUGUUACUUGUUCCUUGUCAUUGACAGGGAAAACCAUUCACUUCCAUAGAACCACCCACAGACAUAAAUGAUUUAUGCUCAUAUCCUGAUUCAGGUUAGAGUAGUUUUAAAAUUACCUUUCACUACUUAAAUGAUGCUCAUCCUCUUUCUUAUUAAAGAAAGAGGUGCCCCUAAAGAAAACUGAUAGUGUUAGUUGAUGAUGACAAUGAUUAUUUCAUGAUUUUGUGCUCUUAAUCCAUGGUCAACUAAUUAUUGGUUUUUUCUUUUAUUUGUUUAUUUUUCAAAGGUUUAGUUUUCAUGGCAACUGAAUCCCCCAAAAUGCUUGUUUACUAUAUCCCAGUAAGUCAUGAUUUUCAUAAUUUUCUUUGUGUGUGAAAAAAAUGUCAAGAUGGUUGAACAUGCAACUUGAUUGUUCACUGUCAUCAUUCCAGGCCCUAGGCCCAGCUCCCAGGUGGUGCUCGUUCCUGGACAACUUGACUGAAGAGUUGGAAGAGGAUCAGCAGCCAACAGGUGAGUGAACAGAUCAGUUGAUCAACCAGAAAUAAAAUCUUUCAUGUAGCUGGAAAGCAAAUAGUUUGGUUCAUGGAUUAAGUCUUUAGUCCACAUGUAGUAUACCAAGAUGCGCUUCAUUGUUACCCAAGUGGAAUAGCAUCUGGCAAUAUUGAAUUUUUUUUGUUCCACAAGUUACUUUUAAGUGUUACUCUUUAAUUUGGUGUAUUGUUUUUAACUUUAUAAUCCUGUUGAAAAUUAGCUUUGUCAGCUCUCCUUGUUUUUUCUACCUUUUGCUUGUUUGUUUUUGUUGCUUUUUUACAAUGUACAUAAAAGCUGUUCUUGAACAGUGUUGAUGUGAGUGUUUCUAUGAUAAAAGUUCUGUUCAAGCGCUCCACUGAACAAAUCUACUGUGGGCAUAAAUGUAACAAAGAACAUUUCUGUCAAGUAGUUCCAACAAAGAUGGCUCUCUUCCUGAAUUUUCUUGUUUUUUUUUUUUAAUUUUUUAUUUUUAUUUUUAGUGUAUGACGAUUACAAGUUUGUCACCAAGCAAGAAUUGGAAAGUUUAGGUGAGCAGUCUGGCACCUUGAUCAGUUUGUGAUGAGGAGUUUUUAGUGGAGCUGGGACUGUAUUAUUGCUUACUGUUGCCAAGUAUAAAAAAAUAGAAAAAGCCCUCCUCUUUACAAGCAGCCACACCUGUAGGGUAACAAACAUUAAAUGGCGGAAAUAAUUAUAUAUUAUACUUCACUCUUUCGUCCCCCUGUUAAUCAGCCAUCGUCGCUUCAUUUCAAACAGACUGAAAUCUACAACUUCCUUGAUCGUCUGGGUACAGUAAUUCUGCCUUCCUAAUUUGUUAACAUGCAUUUUCUUGCGAAUAAGUCGCGAGAAUUUGUUGUUGUUUUAGUUAGAUAUAUUGUUAAGGCCUCCUGAUAAUGAGGUGUCCGUUUAAAAGAGCGAGGUACAAACGUUGGUGGAAAAAACUUUGAUUGUCGUUUAUCCAACUAUUUUUCAUUAUUUUCAGUUGAUAAUGCAUUUUGUAAUGAGUUAGUUUCCUUGUUUUCCAGGUUUAUCACAUUUGAUGGGAACGAAUCUAUUGCGUGCUUACAUGCAUGGGUACUUCAUAGACAUUCGACUUUAUCACAAGGUAAUCAACGUUUCUGGACUAACAUCAUUCGGCUGAAUUGGCCGUUAAACUCGAUCGCGAAUACCAUAUGUCUGGGCACUUUCCUGACAGUUGAUCCAGUGUCAUUGAUGCGACGCAUUAACUAGCGAACAUGGACAAAUUGUUAGUCAAAACUUUAAUGACAAGGAUGUCAUUCAAGACUGUGGGCUGGGUUCUAAAUUCAUAACUCAUAUCUCGGAUAUGCCCUGUACCUAAAUAAACUUGAAUUUAUCGUUCGUUUUAAAUCGACUGUGUGCGUUCUUUUUUUCCCUUUGUGUAGGCUCUUAAAUAAGUCUCAACCCAUGCUACGACUUGAAGGUUUACAGGUGAAACUGCACCUGUGAUCCCCCUCUUUAAAGGUCGAGUACAUCUGUAACCUCUCCAUAAUGUCGAAGCAGCCUCGUCCCAGUAUUAAGCCGAUUCUUCAAGUUGUACAUGUCCUUUUUACCCAAUGUGACACCAAUCGAAAAAGUCCAGUUUAGCCUCGGUAUUCUACCUCCAUACAUUUAUAUUAAAUUUAUAUUAGUUAUUUAUGGUUUUUGCUCUCCCAACUGAAUUGCCUUUUCAGGCCAAAUCUCUGGCAGAGCCGUUUGCAUUUGAAGAUUAUCGUAGGAAACGAAUCCAGGACAAGAUCGAAGAAGAGCGCGCCAACAGAGUCAAGCUUAAGGUUUGUAGGUGGACAGAUUUCGACCUUUUUCGUGUCUCUUUGUUCUGAUAAAUACUCCCUUUACUCUUAGCCAAUUUCAUGGGGAGAGAGAGGCGUAAAAGUAUAAUUUUGAUUAAGACAAAGCAUCUUUCUACACAGUCAUAUACUUGCCCGCGUAGAUCUUCUGUGUUACGGUAAGGGAAAUAUUCAGUGCCGAUGAGAAAAAAGAAAGAGAGAGAAAAAAAUAAAGAGAGAAGAGAGAGGAAACAAAAAGCAAAAAACAAAAAAGAAACUGUAGUUAACAUACCGGACAUCCUUAUGAAGGGAAUACAGUUGGGACGAAAGAGAAAAAUACCUUAGAGGAGCUACGUAAUUAUCUGCGGUGCCUGUAGAAUUUGGUUAUUAGAAACUAAGCUGAACCUUUUCCAUCCUCACAUGUUAGCUUCCUCGUACCCUGUUUGAUUGUUCUUCCUAUUUUUGUGUUUGUUUGUUUGUUUUGUUUGUUUUUUCUUUUUAUAUAUUACCUCUCUGAUAGUUUUUUAUUUCCCUGAGGCUGGAGGGAAUUUUGUAUUUUUAGGAAAAAACCUUGUCUUAAAUUAUUGCGACGUAGUUCAAACAAGCAGUGUCGAGAGUUUUACUUCUAAACUCCUCUGACCUCUAAUGGGCAAAGAAAACGUACCCAAAACUCCCAACCCAAGAGCAACACAUGAGCAAUGGGAAUUGAUUGUGGCUAGUACCUUGUAGCAGUCAUCAGUUAGCAGGCCCUUGAGUAUAAAUGAGUAACUCAUAGUGUUCCGCUUGCAGAAACUACCGAAAGUGAACAGAAAUUUGGCUGAGAAGUUGAUGGACGAGAAAAAAGAUAAGAGAAAAGAAGCAGUUGAAGUGAGUAGCCAUUCGCUGUUGCGAAGCUUCGAAUCUUAUUCAGUCUUAACCAUCCAAAAUUCUGCUAUUGUGCUCAGCUUUAAAGAACCAGCGAGCUAUAUCCGUGUAUCGUCUUGGUUGCUUUCAGAAUUCAGAAGUGAGUAAUCCUCUGGGUGAUGACAGGUUCUCAGCCAUGUUCUCCAACCCAGACUUCCAAGUGGACGAGGAAAGCCAGGUAGGGUCUGAAUCGAUCUUAUCUGUGAUAAGAGGAGCAAUUUACCAUGAAGGGUCCGAAAUAAUCAGAAUUGCUUUAAUUUGCUUUACUUAGCUAUGCGAUUUGUGUAGAAAACACGCACCAUCGUCUCUGUCAAAGAUGCCAGACUAAAAACCAAUAUUCAAGGGCAAGAAAACGGAUCAGGACAAGGACUAACUGGCCGCAUAGUCACCUUUCUUUUUAAUGUGAGAUGAUUUUCACGCAUUUUUUGUCGAAUUACACUGCAGGAAUUUAAGCUUCUUCAUCCAGUUGUGUCCAAACACGACCGAGAAAGACAGAAAAAACAGAGGGAAAAACAAGCGUUACUGGAACAAUUUGAUGAAGUUGAGGUAAUAAAACGUCAACUUAAUUAUUUUUAGGCUUUUUUCUCUCCUUUUUGCCUUAAUGUGUUUUGGUUUGUUAAAUUUCAUGCCAAGUGAGUGGUAUCUUUUUUUUUCAUGGGUAAUAACAAUGGCAUUGUUAGUAAAGGGGUCAAAACAACAGCUCAAGAAGAAUGUGAUUUCUUACAGAUCGCUUGAUAAGUGUAGCUGUAUAUGAAAGGCAGGAAUUUUUUAUUCUCUCAGGGCAACAGUCGCUGUCAGGGAAUUUUGCUUCGAUUCAAAUUGUUAAGGUAAUUGAUUUCUCUUGCCUUGCAGGAGCCAGAAGGUCGGCCCAGUGAAGAGGAGGAAUCUAGCAGCUCAGAGGACGAGCGUGAAUGGCGAAUGGAACUGAAAAAACAACAAAAAGAGGCUAAAAUGAAUGAAGAGAAACCUGUCGCAAACAAACCCAAGUUUUACGAGCUGAAAUCUGGCGAAAAUUUUAGGAGCAUGAAGUCUGGCAAAUCGGCAUCGGCUCUGAAAGAUAAGAAGUACGUAUGUUUAUUGGCUGAAUCUUACAAAGGGGAAGAGGGGGCAGUGUUAGGAUUGGAUUCUAGUCGAAAAACGGGUCACACUUCUUCUCGAGAGGAAUUGACAGUAGUGGAGCCUAAAGUCAAGAAAGGGGUGAAGGGGCGGGGUCGGGAAGGGAGGGUGGGAGGGUGUAAUUAGUGGACGCUCUCCUUGGUACCCUCUUGGGACAAGACCUCAUAUGUUGUGACCCUUCUAUUCGGUGGAGUACAACUGUUCAAAAGUACUUUCGAGCGAUGGUAUCAGUAAUCGUGCCUUACUUCAGAGAAGGGGGUGAAUGAGCCGGAGGGUAUCAGUGUAGAUCUUGGACGAUUCAUUUCAACUUUGGCAUAAGACUUCACCUGUUAUAAUGCUUUUAUUCGGUGGAAAACAACUCUCACUUUCGACUUCUGGUUAUUGCUUUCUGAAGUGAUACAUCAAGCAGGUGAAAAUGAUGAUGAGCAAUCCUUUCGACGGUUUUUGUUCGUAGUUAGCUACUGUAUACAGCCCAUGGGUAUACGAGAUAAAAAUUAAAAGGACCAUGAAGUUAGUGUACACGUAUUUUAUCGUCAGGGUUUAUGGGAGAGCUUUGGUUGCCCUGUGUCACUCUAUGUGGUAGUUCUCGUCUUUGAGACAGGAGAAAGAUACCAACUUUCGUUUUAGAUCACCAACAUAGAUACCCCAAGAUGCAAGCAUAUAACGUGUUGUGUUGAUUAUGCUAUAGAAUAUCGCUUGGAGAACGUCUCCUACAUGAACAAAGUUCUGGUGUAAUCAGAUCAACUGGCUCGUCUUUGGGAGAGAAAGAAAUCACGUUCCAAGUUAAAAAGGUAAGUUAAGAAUCGGUUUUUUUUUGUCUCGUGCAAAAAAGGAGCUACAGUACGUUUCGUGAAUCUCGAAAAAUUUAGUCUAGGUUUUCGAUUUCAUUGUGAUCUGUGUUAUUUUCCUCCCUCCCUGAUUAUUUUCUUUCCUUUCUGAUCCAUUAGAGUUUUUUUUUCUUCUCUGGUAAACCAUCAUUAUGAUGAUAUGUUUUUUUAAUGGUACAUCGUAUGUUCUAAAGGUAUCGUAACAUCAAGAGGAUCUGGAUAUUCUCCGUACUGUUCUCUUUACACUUGCUUAGGUUCUGACAAGGAGAAUUUGUUUAACAAUCGAGAGCUUCCCUUGUUGAAGAUCAUUUCCUUUAUUCUUGUGACCUUAAUAUUUGAUUCAGGCUUGAUUUUUUAAAGAGAAAUUAGAUAGUGGUCACUCCUGAUACGGCCACAAAUAAAGGAAUAGUUGGGUAGAUAAAUUCGCUCAGUUCCCUAAGGGAAGCCGGUAAAAAUCCUAACACACCAAGGAUGCAAAGGUUUUGAACUCUUCAAAAUUAUUUUGUCGUUUCUUUAGAGUAACAAAGAGAAACAAAGAAAUGAGGAGAUUCGUGCUCAUGUUAAGGAAAGGAAAAGGCUUCGCCGAUCAGCAAGUAGUGUCUUAGGGAAGGAAAAACGCGGGCCGGUGUUUUGGAGAGGAAGGAGAGUUAGAUGACAAAACACAGCAUGAAAUCGAGGGAAACGGCAUGAAAAAGGGGAUUCCGUAUGUAGAUCUGAGAGGAAGUAAGAAAGUUUGUCCCGAAUAGGACUGCAGGCAGUAUACUGGUGAACAGAAACGAGAGUUUUCUCGAAUGAAACGGGUUCAAGCUAGCCCAGUUCCAAGGCGUUUCCUUUAGCAUGUAAUUUGGGAAGGAAAGUUAGGUGACGUCAUAGUUUAAUUUAGAGUCCAAAUUCAACGCAGGUGCGAACGCUUAGCGACAUCGCUGAACAAUAAGGUGUCAGCGCUGGUUUUUAUCCAUAGCCUUAUUGAUACAAUGGUAUUAUAAAGGACUGGCCUUAAAUUCUACCUGUAGAUUUCAAGGACUCUUUCUUGAGGAGUUUUUUGCGCUUUUGAUUACAGAUUUUUACCGCGAUACAUCAAAUCUAUCAAAGUUGUGCUCAUCGUUUCUCUCUUGCUUGUUCAAAAGUAGGUAUUGUCUUGACGGAAAGAAUUAAGCGAGGUUGGCAACAACUGAACGCUUAUUUGAUGAACUGAUUUUAAAAAAUUUUACUCUUUUGAUUUUGAUGUAACUUUUGUCAUGGAGUGCAGGUCGCAAACAUUUUGCAUCGAGUUUUCCCACAAAGCUAAAUCAGAGGAUGGUGAAGACCUAGUGAAGCCCAAGUUGUGAAAUAUUUAUGCAUGUACCGCGGUAGCGAGUGUUUAAAAAACAAGGCCAGGUAAUGCUGUGACAUUACCGACUCGUUUUUUUUUUUAUUUGUCGAUAAAUUUCAAUUUCUUGUUACAAGCAGCAAACUAUAUUUUAUCUUUAUUUGAUCACGUGAACGAUUACUUUAUUUAUUUUUCCUGAUCAAUGCACC